CCCCUACAACAGAAGAAGAACUUUGUCGGAGAUGAGUUCGUCCACAUCGAGUCGCAAGGACCAGGAAAGGACCAAAUUGAUACAGGAAAAAUGUCAGACAUUACUAACGCAAAUGUUGCGAGAUGAGGACAACAAAUACUGUGUGGACUGUGAUGCAAAGGGUCCACGAUGGGCUUCUUGGAACUUGGGCGUAUUUCUUUGUAUACGCUGUGCCGGCAUUCAUCGCAAUCUUGGCGUUCACAUAUCACGAGUGAAAUCUGUCAAUUUAGACACAUGGACACCCGAGCAGGUUAUAUCACUACAGCAAAUGGGCAAUUCUCGGGCUCGUGCCGUCUACGAAGCCCAGCUGCCUGACGGUUUCCGCCGUCCCCAGACUGAUACUGCACUGGAAUCCUUCAUACGUGCCAAAUAUGAGCAUAAAAAGUACUUGGCCCGUGAAUGGGUGCCACCAUCACCGCCAAAGGUUGACUGGGCCAAGGAAAUUGACGAGGAAUUGGAAAGGCAGAAGCGUAAAAAGAAGGCGGCCCAAGCCAACACCUCGCUGGGCAUAGGUGUUUUAAGUGGCGGUGGUGGCUCGAGCACGUCCUCCAGCGACAAGAAAUCCACCUCAUCAAUGGCAAAAUCAUCACCCAUACCAGCACCCCUACCCAAACCAAAACCCGGACAGAGCGGUAGCAGUCCCAAGGUACAACGUAUCUCCACCAGUUCAACAGGCGCAGAAAACAAUCAAAACAACGACUUGUUAGGUUUAGCUUCACCCACAAAACCGGUGCAAAAUUCGUUGACGGGCCAAACGUCAGGAUCCUCGAACAUAAAUGACUUGCAAAACGAUACAUUCAGCUGUUUCUUAAGUGCUACGCCCGCCACAAACGAUCUAGCGCAUCAGCAGCAGCAAUCCAAUAAUACAAAUUCCUCCCAGAACUCACUGGCCAAGGAGGAGGAAGACUUUUUCAAUCAAGGUUCCCUAAACAGUACUGGCGAUAAAGACAAAUCAGGCAAAUUGACCAAGGACAGCAUACUGGCUCUGUACGGCCAGGCGCCUCCCAAUCCCACGCCAGCCAUGAACUUCUUACAACAACAGCAGCAGCAACAACAACAAUUAACCAAUCAGGCAUCGAUGUUUGGCGCUGCUGCUGGCGGAUUUACUGGCAUGGCACCAGGUGGUUUCAUGGGUGCUGGUGGCCCAGCUGCUGCUCAGCAGCAUCAAUUCAUGACUCCACCCAACUCGGCCAGCAUGUACAAUGCUCCGGUUAUGACAGCGCCUGCCGCCUUUACUGCACCCGGUAUGACCGGUGGUUUUGCACAAUUUCCCAUGCAAACAGGUUUCCCACAAACUCAGAAUAUAGGCGGCGGUAUCAUGGCUACUGGUCAGCCGGGAAAUCUUAUGCAUGCAAAUCAAAGUCUUAUGACUAAUUUGGCCGGUGCCAAUGGAGCAAUGAUGUUUGGCAUGCAGCCCACGGCUGCUAUGUCGGCGCAACCCGCCUUCAAUCAGGGUCUAAUGGGAGGUUUUCCAACCGCCAAUAUGGCUGGGCAAGCGGCUGUUGCUCCAGCUGCACCGGCUGCCGCCAGCUUGCAGCAGCAAUUUGGUAACCUUAAUAUUGGCAAUGUGUGGCAAUAAACUUUUGCACG